AUGAAUUUCUGGUCUCGAUUGUUUUCUCCUCGUUAUUUUUUUCACUGCCGUUUCUCUCUCUAUUUUUGCUGGGGACCGAACGAAAGGAGCCGAAAGGAAAAGGAAAAGGGUGGUGUGCCAUUAGAACGCUUGCGACUUGGUGCAGCAGGUGGCACUGAAAUGCCGGCAUCUUUCGUCUCUUUUGGCGCAAAGCGUUCUCGUGACGAGGGCGGCGAAAACGACAACUUGAGGACGCCCCAAUUUUCAGCGUCGUCGUCUUCGCAUGCGGCGAUAAUAGAAAUUACUCAUGGUAUGUCGCGCUCCGCGGCGGCAGAAUACGACAAACAGAGUGUGGGACCCACCGUUCCUUGGAAAGACACAGAUGCACUGCUUAAUUCCCCAUCAUUUCGCGAAAAGACAUGUCGCUUUUUGACUUUGCGAGCCGAUGGAGUCAGACCGGACGGCCCUGUGGAAAUGGGUGUUAUUCAGCUUUUGGCAAACGAUGGCAAGACACUCCUGUUUACCUCAGAUGCCAUUAAACCUGUGAAUAUCUCUACCGCGGAUGGAAAACGUGUGUGCAUAGGAGACUUGGUGCUUUUUCAGCGAUUUACAUCAGAUGCUCAGGAAGGGAAUGGAAAUACUUUUGUGCCAGCGAUGGUGGAAUUUGUCGCAUUGGAUUCCUCUGCAUUAACGGAUGAAGCUGACUGGUCUCAUGCCGUCUCUUGGAACGCUGUGACGAUGGCGAAUUGGAUGCACCAGCUUCUUUCUGUCCCUCCUGGCCUCGCUCAACUGACGUGCAUUAUGGAUUCUUUUUGGGGAGACGUCGGGGCAUCUGUCACCGUCGCGGAUGCAUGGUUGCGGUCGCUGCAGUUGCCUGUUUUUAUUCAGCAACUGAAGAACUUGGAUGGUGUGGAGUUGCGCAAGAUCCAACAAGUGAAAAAACUUGUUUUCUCCAUGCUUCGUCUCUAUGUGGCCAUUUUGGGCAAUGCGGAGGCCAUCAUUACGCUUUCCAGCACAGUGGAGGGAGUGGUCUACCAAUUCCUGGGGUCUCCACUAUUUGUGGAAGGUCUUUCUUCAGUUUUGCCGCAGCUUGCCGGGAAUGUCUCGGAAUCGACUUGGGCAAGUGCGCAGCAAGCUAUGCUAGAAGCAAUGAAGUUUGCUUUGCGCUACGUUUGCCGGGAAGUUGUGGAGGAAGAGGGAAAAGUUCAGAGAGAGGCGAGGGAACAUGCCGAGCGUGGAUUCCUCACGGUUCUUCACCGCAUCUCUGCGUUAUGGUUGACACAUGAGAAGAGGGCGCCACAACCGGGCAUACAGGCGGUCAUGAAACUGGUGGAGGAAAUGGCCCGUAUUGGUGUCUUUCGCCGAGCAGCACAAUGGAUGCGGCAUAAAGAACGAUUAGCAGAGACGGUGAGUCUCGUUGACAAGGUUCAUCGUCCACCGACUCUAAAGGAUAUAAAGGACCUUCACGGUUUGAAAUUGUCAUCUCUGAGGGAAAUGAUGAUGGCAAUGAACCAGACGUAUACACCGUACCUUCGACAAGAGACGUUACGCUUUGUGGAGUGUGCAAUGCUGGCGGCUUAUGCAGAGUUGUACGGUCCAGUGGCGUGCGCCGUAUCCAGUUACAUGGAAUCCGUCGACAAAACGAGGGCAGGCGACGGAGAUCAAGGGAGCAUGAUGAAGCCGUUGCAUGUCACGCAAGUGUCUCAGUCAUCUCUUCGGUUUGAACUUUCAGAGUAUUCGUUGGAAGAAGUUCGACUUCAUGCCCUGUUCGGAUUGCCUUUAUUUGUUACUUUGCGUGUGACAAGUGAAAUGAGUGUCUCUAGUCGUUAUCUUCUGGAGACACACUCUUGUUUUGGCUUUAUUUUGGUGAUGCUGAAUGGCAAGACAUUUGUUUUUCCUGUCGUUUUGUGCGGUGUUGUGAAUAAAACGGAGAAGGAGUCGGCAAUUAUCUCCAUCGCCUACGUUCUCCGCGAUCGAGACAUAUUGCCGUCACUUGUGGCGGCAAGUGCUGCAUCAUCUAGUGAACAUCAGGGAAUUCCGGAGGCGUGGCUUUUUUUUGAUUCCUGUCACGUAGAGAAGGAGAGUGGCGAUGAUGAUGAUGAUGAUGAUGCUCUUCCUGUUGAUCAUUUGGGCAGCAAAACGCCGCGUUUUCUGCCUAUGGGCACGUCGGCCGUUUCAUACUUUCUCUAUAUUCUACACCUUCAGAAGCUGCGUGCCCAAAUGCGGCAAGAAGAACUGAAUAGUUUGACUGCCGUGGGACGUGCCAAGGGUGGUCAGGGCAAAGGUGAUUUGGCAAAUAAGGGGGGCGUUCUAUGGUGGGGAAGCGACAGCAGCGGUGUUGCAGGGGAUAUGUUUACGCAAACUAGCUCCUUGACGGGGGAGAACGAAAUGCUGCAGCGCUGCCUCUCCGAGAUUGCGGCGGCUACCCUUCUUACUGCUUCACAGGUCGAGUGCCUCCACACGUUGACGACGGCAGGGCCCGGAUUGCGCACACUUGUGGGGGCUGUCGGAUGUGGGAAAACGACGCUUAUGCAUGCCAGCAGCCUUUCACGAGGCCGAAUGCAAGAGGCAUUGCGUAAACACCACCAGCCCCUUUGGCACGCCACGAUCAAGCACAGCGCACAAACCCUUUAUACGCGCCUUGGAGAGUUGGCUGCGGCGGAAGAAAUGGAAGAUCUUUUCAAGGCAUCCGACGGGUCAUCUGCUCGGGACCUCCCAGAGGAGGUCACCAACGCGGCCCUGGGGCAUAUUCAAGAACAUGUACAUCUGAGUGAGAAGCUGAGGCAUUGCCAUACGCCGAUGUUGCUUCGACCAAGAGCAUUCAAGCAGACAAUUCCUUUCCAUUCUGCAAGAGUGCUUCAAGAAGAGAAUAUUGCACAGCACUUUUGCUCCAUUGAGACUUUAAUGAAGCAAAGUCACCAACGAUCGCUAAAUGCGCCCCUUGCGGCCGUUUUGAAUGCACGUUUAAAAAGGCUGAAACGCCUUGGCGAUCUUCUUGAUACCAUCGCUCUUUCAUUGGAGGAAAUUGUUGUGCCUGAAGAGGGAGAGUGGAAGCUGUUUAUUGAAUUUUUGCCAUGGAUUAUGUCUAAAAAGGAACGAAUGGACACAUUCACGGAAGCACUGCGUAAAGGUAAAACAUGGGAGGCCUAUCUCUCUGAAGAUUUAUGGGACGCGUCAACAUUGGUGAGGAGCACUGAUUUUGAUUAUACCCCUCAAAAGACUGUAUGGAAAAGUAUGGGGCCUGCAGGUAGUGCGUUUCAUGCGGUCACUUUACCGAAUGCAUCACGUAGUUUAUGUGAAUAUUCUCAAGCUGAAGCCGCAGGGUGGCGUGCCGUGUUUUGGGAGAAACAGAGGGAUCUUCUUUCAUUUUUGCAGCAAGAAAUUAUGGACGAAGGGCGGCAUAUAUUUUUGCUCUUUUUAGACCUGAUACAAGCUGUGGCGGCGACUUCGCAAACUUCCAAGGCCACGGUUGUGACUGCGACGGGAGGAACAUUGCUGCGGGAGAUUUCUUUCUUGCGUAAAUGGCAACCCCAUUAUCUUGUGGUUGAUGACUAUGAUCAGAUUUGCGACUCACUUUAUCUCACAUUGUCAUCUGUGACUUCGGCGAUUGUUUCGCACCAAGCAGAAUCUUCUUUUCAACAUGAACAACGCCUCCCCGUCGUCAUUCUCCGGGCGCUGCAAAGGGAAUUACAAGGCACACCGCUUCUUUCCACUGUGGUACUAUCCGAAUCUUUCCGUUCCACUAAUCCAGACAUUCAUAAAGCGGCGCAAUUGUGCCGGAACGCUUCCGUGGCCUUCUCCACAGCGCUUCCACUUGGCGUGGCAGGCAUUAAGGAGGGCGCCAAUAAUUUUGUUGUUGUUGAAGGUGCUGAUGGUGGUGGUGUUGGCAACGAUAAUGGUGACGACCAAACAAUGCGCAAACAUGCAGCACUUGCAGGGUUUUCGUCACCGUGCAGUGUGGAGUUUUGGACGCAUGCUGUGGCGCUGUCAGCCGCUGUGGCGUGUGAUGGUGUUGCGGCUGCAUUUGUGCGCAACCGUCUCCGGGAGAUUGAAGCUUCUAUGACAGUGACGGUAUAUUGCGGCUUUGUGAAGGACAAAGCCGUGAUUCUUGAAGGCAUGAUGUCAGGGUCUGAUGUGGACGCAACAGAGAUCAUGGGGCCCGUUUGUACAAUUCCGUUCGACUCAGAGGCAUUUGUCGAGCGUGAUGAGGAGUGUGAUGUGGCGGUGCUGUGCUUAUCGGGAAUUGCGCGUCGAUUGCGUCGUUUUUCAUCUUUGGGGCGGCAUCAGGCGUGGGAACGCCUGGGGGCAGAACGCUCGUUUGUAGAACAAUUGGAGUGGUGGCUGUGGAGGACGGUGUCGUAUGUCCGUCGUGGGGUAAUUUUGGUGGGGAGCAGAGAAGUGUUUUCUUUUAUUGAGCCACUGCAUCGCUUAGAGCGGUUUGUGCUUCAGAUGCGUGAAAAACGACAGUUUUGGCUUCCUCCGGAGGCAAAAGGGGCGGCUUUGGCCCUACGAUGCCCGGAUCAUGAAAACUUUCGUCAACUGGCACUGAUCGCCUACUCCGAUUACGGUGGUUGCCAAGUACGUGUGAUGGGUGAAAAAACAUGUCGCUCGUUGUGUUUGGCGCCGUACGAGAAUUGCACAAAUCCAUCCCAUGCAUGUCUCCGCAUUUGUCAUGUCUCUGGUAGAGAGAGUGGGGCUCUUGCCAUGGAGGAUGACGAGGAUCCGUCGCAUAGCAACUGCCCAUUUCCUUGUAUGCGGGUUCUUCCUUGCGGUCACAUGUGCGUACGGCGUUGUGGGGAGCUCUGUUUACCCUGUGAGUUUGUCGGACUACAGGAGCUUUCGUGUGGACAACGUGUUGUUUCGGGCAUUUCAGAUGUGGGUCCUGUACAGACGCUUGUGCACCACUUCCAGAGGAUAAGCUGCGGAGAGUCACCGCAGCUCUGCGAGGAGCGCGUGACACUUCGAUGCUCUCGCUGCGGUGUAAAAAAUCCGAUGCUCUGUCACGAGGUGGUUGCGCGUGGUGGGAUGGAACGUGCGAAGCUCACAGAACUUGAGUGUGCGGGCUGCGUUGCUCUGUAUAACCGUGUUGCGAGGGAACAUGAAGCGGCGGAGAUUGCAUCAACCGUGCCGCCCACCGCAGGAGACCUUCCACUGAAGUCUCUGCCAAAAGCCGCCCAGACACGGUUGCAGGAGUUGCAGAGUAUCACAGCGAAGAAGGCCCAAUUGAUGCUGCAGAAGGAGGCUUUGGAAACGAUGCAGGGAGGACAGAACUCGGAGUUUUACCAGCAGCAGGAGAUGUACAAUCGAAUGCAGAAGCAACAGGAAGAGGAGGUCCGAGCUCACCGACAGCGCGUUCAGGAGAACAUUCAGAAAUGGAAAAAGAUAUUGAAACAAAAAUACGCAGUUCAAAUGACGGUGAAUGAGGCGAUGGACACAGAAGUGCCCCUUAUGAUCAGUGAGGCCAUCGCCGAGGAGGAGAAGCAGCGGUCGCACCUUUUCGUGUAA